CCUUGCUUAAUAACAACAGCGGUAGUGAUUCUAAAAAAAAUGAAUUCAACAUUCCCUAUUUUAUUUAAUUCAAAGUUAAUUUUUGAAGAUAAAAAUGUUAUUCAAUUGCGAGCAUCAAUUAAAUCAGAAGAUGAAGCGAACCAAUGGGUAGAAGAAUAUGGACAUAAAACGCACACUAGAUGGCUAAAGUCAUACAAGCUGAAUGAACCUACAAGGCUUGUGGCACAUAGAAAAUAUCAAUGUCAACAUUCAAAACUAAAUAAAGAAAUUAAAUCAAGGAAAAACACAUACUGUGUAGCUGAAAUUGAUAUCAAAAUCAAAAAAGUAAAUGCAAAUACUAAGAAAAAUGAUCAAUAUCUAAAAGAAGAACCUCCCCUUAGUGGAGUUAUAGUAGUUCAUAAAAACCAUAACCAUAACAUUGAAUGUGCAGAUUCGAUGAAAUACUUACCAGUGUCAUCAGUUACAAAAAAACUUUUUUAUAACUAUUUUAACAGUGGAUUAAGUCCAGCUCAAGCAAAACGUAUACACACAGAUAAAUUUAUUUAUCAUGAAAAUGGCUCCUUUCUUUUGGCAGAUGCCUCACUUAAUCCUUCAUCACGUACAAUUUAUUAUUUAUACAAUUUAUGGCAAGAAAAACAUUUUGCUCUUAAAAAUCCUUUAGAGAUGUUAAAGAAUAAAAGAAAUGUAUACUUAGAAUCAGGAGCGUUGGUGACAGUUAUUGAAGAAGAUCUGAAAUGGUCUGUAUUAGUGGUCACUGAAGUGAUGCAAAGGAAUCAACUAAGAAAAUCUUCUUCCGAAAUUGUGUUUGUAGAUACUACCUCAUCUUGUGAUAUCUCACAAACAAAUGUUACAAUUGUGUCUACAUCAAGUUCCGCAGGAUGUAUCCCUAUUGCUAUUCUAUUUCAUGCUAAUAAAACUGAAGAGAAUUAUGAGCAAGCAUUCAAACUUCUUAAAUUAGAAUGCCCAAGAUGUUUUGGAGGAUCUGAGGUAAUUUAA